AUGACGAGUUUCGAGAGUUACCUCAGCUGUUCUUUCGAUGCUGGAGCGCAGCAACUGCAUGCCGUGAGCUCCGUCAUCGCGGGUAGCGCAUUCGUUGAGUUGUUGGAAAUCGAUGGCAUGUUCGAGAGCGCAGUCCUCGAUCAGAGACCUAUCAGGGAUAUGCUUAUAGUCCUUGGUAAGGCACAUCACGAAGCCGAGGCUGAUCUUGGGAUCGGGGUAGAGUUCGCUGGCGCAGAGCUCGAUGAUAUUGCCCAUGCAUUCGGAAGGGCCGUGCUUGCACUGGACGCCGUCAUUGGCGGUAGGACUGUUGAGAAGAACCAAGACAGCUUGUGUUUCACCGAUAAGGCAAUGUGGUGUGGCUCACGUUCCGAUAUAAGAGAGUCUGAAGUCGACCUUGUCAUGGACUCGCAUCAUGGCUGGGAGAAUCAAUUCCCGAAGGGCAUCCUACGAAAAGCAUAUCAGCAUCACCGCUUCGCAGGUCCCCUGGCGCUUCCCAGAGAUCACUGGAGGGCUUACUCUUGUAUCUGGGCAUUUACUAAUGAUGUGCGCCUCCAGAGGCACCAAGGCCUUCUGGUCUACUGGGCUGGAUUCUGGUGUGGGGGGAGAAGGCUGAAGCUGGAUGGAGAGGGGUGA